CUGACACUGACCUGACAGUCCUGUCCUGACACUCCUGACAGACGAAACCGACUGAAAGCUAUUGAUAUUGAUAAGCCUGAGCGUCUUGAAUUAAUUUCUCUGUGAAUAUUACUUCAAUUUAAACUCAAAAUGGUUACGUAUGCUCCGGAUGAAGUCGGCCUAGCUGACAAAUCGCCAUGUGCGGGCAUCAGAGCUGAUCUCAAGAUAUGUUUGCUUGCAAGCGACUGCUGCAAAAAGGAGAAGAAAACUCCUCGAGAAUGUCUCAAAGAAGGUAACAUCCCCGAAGAAUGUAUACAACUUAGGCAGAGUUUCUUCGAAUGUAAGAGGUCACUGUUGGACAACAGGAGACGGUUUCGGGGACACAAGGGGUACUAAAAGUACAUUUUCUUAGGCCUUACUUAGAAAAACUUAGUUUGUUUUAAUUUAAUGUAUA